AUGGUUUCUGUCUAUCUCUUUUCCCUUGUUCUUAUUACUUGCCUCCUCUGUUUUGUUGAACAAGCUUACUCUUCUUAUCCUAAACCUACCAAAAUUGGCCUGGGUUACACCCUCCUAUCUCUUGAAGAAGUUAAUGGUGCACUUCUUGGACUCCUCCAAGUUAAGCACAACAACUACAUCUAUGGACCUGACAUUCCUCUUCUACGUCUCUUCAUCAAGCACGAGAGUGAGAACCGUUUAAGGGUACACAUCACAGAUGCAAAGAAACAAAGGUGGGAGGUUCCCUAUGAUCUUUUGCCGAGGGAGAAACCGGUCCAGAUUGUUAGCAAUAAGAAGAAGCCAAUAAGAUCAGUGGCAGAGUACUCUGGCUCUGAGCUUGUUCUUACUUACACUUGUGAUCCAUUCAGCUUUGCGGUGAAAAGAAAGUCAAAUGGAGACACCCUUUUCAACUCGAGUUCUGAUGAAACUGACCCAUUUGGUCCAUUGGUGUUCAAGGACCAGUACUUGGAGAUCUCUACGAAGCUGCCCAAAGAUGCUUCUUUGUAUGGUUUGGGAGAGAAUUCACAGGCACAUGGGAUCAAACUAUAUCCAAAUGAUCCUUACACAUUGUACACCAGUGAUAUAUCAGCUGUUAACGUGAAUGCUGACUUAUACGGGGCGCACCCUGUGUACAUGGAUCUUAGAAACAAAGGAGGGAAGGCAUAUGCACAUGGUGUUGUGUUGCUGAAUAGUAAUGGAAUGGAUGUGUUGUACAGAGGAACAUCUCUGACAUACAAGCUCAUUGGAGGUGUUUUAGAUUUCUACUUCUUUGCAGGACCUUCACCUCUUAAUGUUGUUGACCAGUACACUUCCUUAAUUGGCAGACCCGCUCCAAUGCCUUAUUGGUCCUUUGGAUUCCACCAAUGCAGAUGGGGAUAUCACAACGUAUCAGUUCUAGAAUAUGUUGUGGAGAAUUACCAGAACGCAAAGAUCCCGCUUGAUGUGAUAUGGACGGACGAUGAUCACAUGGAUGGCCACAAGGACUUCACGCUGAAUCCAGUGAACUUCCCGCGUCCGAAGCUUCUAGAGUUCUUGGACAAGAUACACAGCAUUGGCAUGAAAUACGUUGUGAUCGUUGAUCCCGGAAUUGUUGUUAACACAAGUUAUGGCGUAUACCAAAGAGGAAUGGCCAAUGAUGUUUUCAUCAAGUAUGAAGGUCAACCCUACAUGGGUCAAGUGUGGCCAGGAGCAGUGUACUUCCCAGAUUUCUUGAAUCCAAAAACAGUUUCAUGGUGGGGUGAUGAGAUUCGUCGGUUCCAUGAACUUGUACCCGUUGAUGGCCUUUGGAUUGACAUGAAUGAAGUUUCCAACUUUUGCACUGGCAAGUGCAAAGUUUCAGUGGGAAGGGUUUGUCCCAUUCCAAUAGUUGGAGGUCGACCAAACCCAACAUGUUGCUUAGAUUGCACAAACGUCACUGCCACACGUUGGGAUGAUCCUCCUUACAAGAUCAAUGCUAGAAGAGUUGAAGCUCCAAUAGGCUUGAAAACUGUGGCCACAAGUGCUGUUCACUAUAAUGGAGUUAAGGAGUAUGAUGCUCACAGUCUCUAUGGUUUCUCAUAAGCCAUUGCAACUCACAAAGCCCUUCAAGGGCUUCAAGGAAAACGACCCUUUAUUUUGUCUCGCUCUACAUUUGUAGGUUCUGGCAAAUAUGCUGCACAUUGGACAGGUGAUAAUAAGGGCACAUGGGAGGAUUUAAGGUACACCAUAUCCUCUAUUCUCAACUUUGGAAUCUUUGGGAUCCCAAUGGUUGGUUCUGAUAUAUGUGGUUUCUAUCCCAAGAGCUUAGAAAUAGAUGGUACCAAAAAUCUAACAUUGUUGGUAAACACUGAAGAGCUUUGCAAUAGGUGGAUUCAAGUUGGUGCUUUCUACCCUUUCUCAAGGGAUCAUUCAAGCUACAUUUCCCCAAGACAAGAGCUUUAUCUUUGGAAUUCAGUAGCUAAGUCUGCUAGAAAUGCUUUAGGUAUGAGGUAUAAGCUUCUUCCCUAUCUGUACACCCUCAACUAUGAGGCUCAUGUUAGUGGUGCCCCAAUUGCAAGGCCUCUUUUCUUCUCAUUUCCAUCAUACACUGAGUGUUACGGCCUCAGCACACAGUUCUUGCUUGGGAGCAGUGUCAUGAUUUCUCCAGUGCUUGAGCAAGGAAAUACACAAGUCAGAGCAUUGUUUCCACCUGGCACAUGGUAUAGUUUGUUUGAUUUGACAUAUACCAUUGUGUCAAAAGAGGGGACUUAUGUUACACUUGAUGCACCUUUGAAUGUGGUGAAUGUGCAUUUGUAUCAGAAUGCCAUUAUUCCAAUGCAACAGGGUGGAAUGGUUUCUAAGGAUGCUAGAAUGACACCCUUCAGCCUUAUUGUGACAUUCCCAGCAGGAGCAAAUGAUGGAGAAGCUCAAGGGAACCUCUUCCUUGAUGAUGAUGAGUUGCCAGAGAUGAAGAUUGCAAAUGGUUAUUCAACUUACAUUGAUUUCCAUGCAUCUGUUAGAGAAAAAACUGUGAAAGUUUGGUCACAAGUUCAAGGAGGCAAGUAUGCUUUAGAUAAAGGUUGGAUCAUUGACAAGAUUAGCGUCUUGGGAUUAAAUGGAGGUGGAGCAUUAUUACACACAGUUAUGAUAGAUGAAGAACCAUUGACAAGUGUCUCAAAUGUGAAAGUUUACACAACAGAACAAAGGUACUUGUAUGAUCAGCGAGAUGGGAAAAAUAAGAGAGAGAUAAUGGUAGAGUUGAAGGGCUUGAAUAUCCCUGUUGGUAAAAACUUUUCUUUGACUUGGAAGAUGGGGUGAUUUGUGGGAUUAAUUUUGAGAUACUAUUAUGGUCGAAUGCCUUAUCUAAUAUUCAUGUAAUAAAACAAAGGUAUCUUUUAUGUUGCCUA